UCCUAUGAGAGGACACUUACAUUCGACUACAUAUAUCUCUACAACCUAUAGAAUGGAUAACGGAUGUCAUUGUUCGGCCAACAGUGACAGGUUUUCGAACCCUAUUCUCUACAACAUCUUGAGCCAAAUGGAUAACAGCAAACCAAUUCAAAACAACUUCAACUUCCAUUCCGCACCUCAUAGAUGCAACUGUGAGCUGCGAAGGACAGUGUGCCUGAAAAGGCCAGCUGAGAUUUGCAAAGAAGCUUCGGCAGUUCUGGUUAAAACUGUCCAUUUCAUGAAGAACCUACCUGCUUUUAACCAGUUACCACCAAAUGACCAGUUCUCCCUUCUCAAAAGCUGCUGGGCACCACUCUUCAUUUUGGGUCUGGCCCAGGAGUAUGUGGACUUUGAGGUGACAGACACCCUUGCUGACAGCAUGCUGAAAAAGAUUCUCCUGAACCGUCAGGAGAGCCCUGAGAUGGAGAGAGAGCAGCCCACCAUGGCUGGCGUCAGCAAACUCAAGUCCUGCCUAAAAAAGUUUUGGAGUUUGGAUUUGAGUCCAAAGGAGUACGCAUACCUCAAAGGGACCACAAUAUUUAAUCCAGAUGUACCAGAUUUAAAGGCAGCUCUGUUUGUUGAAGGCUUGCAACAGGAAGCUCAGCACGCCCUCAGUGAGGUGGUCCAGCUCAUUCACCCGGGGGACCAGGAACGCUUUGCUCGUAUCCUCCUCACUGCCUCCACACUGCAGAGCAUCACACCCAGCCUCAUCACUGAACUCUUCUUCCGGCCCGUGAUAGGCCAGGCAGAUCUGCUGGAGCUGCUGGUCGACAUGCUCUUCUGCCGAUAGGGGAGGUGGACUUGAUGUAACUAUCCUGGAGAAAGUUGAAUUUUUAACACUGGUGAUGCAGAACUUUUUGUUGACCAACCUCAGCCAGGUUCCCUCAUGAAAUGAAGGAAUGCCUGACAAAAUAAAAAGCACUUAUGAUAGCCAACAAAAACUAUGUGAAAGAGUGAACUUGAAACUACAAAUUUCUUAUAUUUACAUUGAAGCUGAGGUAACUUUAGUCCAGUCUGAAAAGAUUGUAUCUGCUGAAGAGGAAAGAUUUAACUUUCCACUUAAAGACAGACAGUGCCACUGUUCAUAUACUGUAUUUUAUGUUGAAGAUCUUCUCUGUUUGCUUCCAUGUUGUAAAUAAGUUU